UACCCCAACCACCCCCCUUCAAUUCUCGAUUUUAUUUUAUUCCCCCAUGGCCUCCGCCGAUGAUCCCACCACCACCGCCGCCGCCGCCGCUAAUAUCUUCAACGAAGACGAAGACCUAAUCGACGACGACGACGAUGAGGAAGAAAUCUCCGACCGCGACGAAGGCGAUUCCGCCUCCUCCGCCGCCCUCGCCCUCGAUCGCCAUCUCCCGUUCACUUCCUCCGCCCAAGUGACCGUCGCCUUCCCCGAUCCCCACCCCCACCUCCGCCUCCAACAGCCGGAGCACCACCACCACCAGGAGAUCGUCGUCGCCAAGAAGCCGAUGCCGCCGGACGAGUCACGGAAGCUGUUCCAGCGCCUCUGGACCGACGAGGACGAAAUUGAGCUCCUCCAAGGGUUUCUCGACUACACCACGCAGCGAUUAGGCGCACACAAUUCCUCCUCCCAGCACCACCACGACACGGCGGCGUUCUACGACCAGAUCAAGAGCAAAUUCCAGCUCGAUUUCAACAAGAACCAGCUCGUCGAAAAGCUCCGCCGCCUCAAAAAAAAGUACCGAAACGUCGUCGCCAAAUUCGCCUCCGGCAAAGAGUAUUCAUUCAAAACCGCCCACGAACAAGCCACCUUCGAAAUCUCCUCCAAAAUCUGGGGCAGCACCGCCUUCAACGGCUACGCCGCCUUGCCUGCCGCCCCUGCCCCUGCCUCCGCCCCGAUCGAAGAGGAAGAUGACGACCUCAACAGCCCCAAUUUCGCCUAUUUCCAAAGCCCUAAACCUAACGGCAUUGAUAUAAACAGCAAAAUCCCGCGCCCAAAGAAGAGAAACCGAGCUGGAGUAGUGAAAGUAGAGCUAGCCAACCCGAUUAGUACUAUUAACAACACUCCGCCAGCAGUGCCGGUGGCUCCAAUGGCUUCUCCGGCGGUCGGCAUGGGGGUAACUCCGGGGGUAUCAGGAUCAAUGCCAAGUGUGAUCGAAGAAACCGUCAAGAGCUGUUUGUCGCCGAUAAUCAAGGAGUUGUUGUCCAAUUCGAUGAGCUCCACUCCGAAUUCCAAUAGUCCUUGUUGUGGACACGGGUUCGGAUUACCACAAAAUUUGCUGCCCGUAUGUUUUAACGCAACCAUGGGCGGGGAUAAAAUCGCCAACAACAACAGAUGGAGGAAGCAACAAAUGUUGGAGUUGGAAGUGUUCUCUAAGAGGCUGGAGUUGGUGCAGGAUCAAAUUAGAGAGCAAUUGCACGAGCUAAGAUCCAUGGGGGAUUGAUUGAUCGACAACUUUUCUUGGUCGUCGUAAGUGCGUUUCUUGGCCUUUUUUUUUUUUUCGUUUAUCUUUUUGUUAACCUUUUGAUUGUUGAUAGAUGUGAAAGUGCAGAUCAUGCUUAGAUUACGAUUGGGGUGAAUAAUGAGUUGAGGUUGUGCAUUGCCUUUGAUGGCUUGCUCAUUUUCUUGACGUAGAUGUUAGAAUAGUUUGACAUGUAAAUUAAAAAUUUACUAGUUGCUCGGUUUCAUGGCGUAAUUGGGUGUUAUAAUGUAUUAGCCAGUGAUUUCCUUCCGUCGAACGGAAGCAGGAAAGACCUCGAUUUAUAAACUUAUGGCACAAAUAAGUAGUUUCUUUUUUUUCUUUUUAAUUUUUUUUAUAGGUUUUGCUUUAUGCUUAAUUGGUUUGUUAAGACUAAUCGUCUACUUUUCAUGGCGUAAGUAUUGUGUGGAUGACCAUUAUCGGAAAGCGAUUAAAUGAAAAAUUAGUUAAUGUUGCUUA